AUGGCAGAUCAAAAUGCAAACAUCGCCCCUUCUGGGCCUUCUCAAUCGCCGUGCAUCACCGAUCUUAUCUCAUCCUACGCAAUUCUGCCAAUCUUGGCUUCAUGGCUAUCCUCGAUCGAUCUCUAUCAUCUUGGCCUUACGAACCAGUACCACCACUCAUGUAUUCUAGCAUCGCCUAUGCUUUUCAAAAAACUACAAAGGCUAUCUCUCUGUGACGGCCGCGGCCUUGCUCUCCGCCAGGAGUUCAAGUCCCCAUAUCCCAAUGACUGGAAGCGAGCAGGGAUGUGGACCAUCAACCCAGGAUUUACUGCCGAUGAGGAGAUUGAAGUUUUUCUAUACAAUGUCAAAUGCGACGAAGCCGGAGCCCUGCCCUGCAUCAAAUGUGGCAUCAAUAUCUGCGAAGAGUGUCGAUUCUACCCUCGGGCGGGGCCGCCUCCGUGGUAUCCUGUUCGGCGUCCACAUCUGAACUCUCCUCACCAGGCUGAGAAUAUCAUGUGUCUAUGUCCAGAAUGUGAUAUCGAGAUGGAGAAGGAGCUUUCGGGGAAAUUUCUCAACGAACUCUGCGAUUGCGACUGUUACCUUCGUUGGAUUUGUACCCGGUGCAUUGUGGAGGAAAGGAAGUUCACCAGGGACUACUUUGAAGAACAUACCGUGCUUGAAGGUGAUGAAGAAGAAACCAAGUCGUUCUGGUGUCUAUGCGGUUCUGCAGUGCCUGAAAAUACCCGGAUCAGGUGCACUUGGUGCAAAAGACGCCAUCUCCCAGAGGAUCAAUGGUUGACAGAAUACGAAGAGGUCGGAUCUAAACUGCCCUUCUUUGAUAAUAACCCAGAUUAUCCCCGCUGGACAGAAGACGAGGACCGAAAAUACGUAACCCCUUAUCCCAGGCUCGGGUAUCAUCGACCAGGGGACGAUGUGUCAACGAGCUAG